UCUCGGGUGGCCGCCGGGACCCUCGUGGCCAGCCUGGCCAAGAUCGUUUUCCAUUUGUCGAGGAAGGUGACGUCCGUGGUCCCGGAGAGCUGCCUCCUCAUCCUGCUGGGGCUGGGCCUUGGGGGCAUCGUGUUGGCCGUGGCAAAGAAAGCCGAGUACCAGCUGGAGCCCAACAUGUUCUUCCUCUUCCUCCUGCCUCCCAUAGUCCUCGACUCUGGCUACUUCAUGCCCAGCCGGCUCUUCUUUGACAACAUCGGCGCCAUCCUCACCUAUGCGGUGGUGGGCACGCUCUGGAACUCCUUCGCCACCGGCAUGGCGCUCUGGGGACUGCAUCGGGCCGGGCUCAUGGAUCCGGGUGUCAAAGCCGAGCUGAUGGAUUUCCUGCUAUUUGGAAGCCUUAUCUCGGCUGUGGACCCUGUGGCAGUGCUGGCUGUCUUUGAAGAGGUGCAUGUGAACGAGACCCUCUUCAUCAUUGUGUUUGGCGAGUCCCUCCUGAACGAUGCUGUCACGGUGGUGCUGUACAAAGUCUUCAACUCCUUUGUGGAGCUGGGCCCAGCGCACAUCCAUGCCAUGGACUAUGUGAAGGGGGUAGUCUCCUUCUUCCUUGUGAGCCUGGGGGGCACGGCCGUGGGGCUGCUUUUUGCCUUCCUCCUGGCCCUGAUCACGCGGUUCACCAAGCGUGUGCGCAUCAUUGAGCCUCUCUUCGUCUUCCUCCUGGCCUACGUUGCAUACCUUGCUGCUGAGAUGGUUUCCCUGUCCUCUAUCCUGGCGGUCACUUUCUGUGGGAUCUGCUGCAAGAAGUACGUGGAAGCCAACAUCUCCCAGAAAUCCCGUACCACUGUCAAGUACACCAUGAAGACCCUGGCAAGUAGCUCAGAGACCAUCAUUUUCAUGUUCCUGGGCAUCUCGGCUGUGGAUACCUCCAAGUGGGCAUGGGAUACAGCGCUGGUGCUAGGCACCCUGCUCUUCAUCCUGCUCUUCAGAGCCGUGGGCGUUGUGCUCCAGACCUGCGUGCUCAACCGCUUUCGCCUCAUUCCCCUGGACAGGAUUGAUCAGGUGGUCAUGUCAUAUGGCGGCCUCCGUGGAGCUGUUGCCUUCGCCCUGGUCAUCCUGCUGGAUGGGGCGAAGGUUAAAGCCAAGGACUACUUUGUGGCAACAACCAUCGUGGUGGUGUUCUUCACUGUCAUUGUGCAGGGCCUCACCAUCAAGCCCCUGGUGACAUGGCUGAAGGUGAAGCGCAGUGACCACCACAAGCCCACGUUGAACGAGGAGCUGCAUGAGCACGCCUUUGAUCACAUCCUGGCAGCAGUGGAGGACAUUGUGGGGCACCAUGGCUACCAUUACUGGCGGGACAAAUGGGAGCAGUUUGACAAGAAGUACCUCAGCCAGCUCCUGAUGAGAAAAUCUGCCUACAGGCUCCGGGAUGAAAUCUGGGAUGUUUACUACAAGCUGAACAUCCGUGAUGCUAUUAGCUUUGUGGACCAGGGUGGCCAUGUGCUCUCCGCUGCCAAGCUGGCAUUGCCCUCCAUGCCCAGCCGCACGUCCAUGUCAGAGUCGUCUGUCACAAACCUCCUGAGGGAGAGUGGCAGCGGUGCAUGCCUGGACCUGCAGGUGAUUGACACAGUGCGGAGCCGCCGAGACAAGGAGGAUGCCGUGAUGCACCACGUGCUGCGAGGGAGCCUUUACAAGCCCCGCAGGAGGUACAAGGCCAGCUACAGCCGUCACUUCAUCUCUCCAGAUAAACAAGAGCGGCAAGACAAAGAAGUCUUCCGUCAGAACAUGAAAAGGCGGCUGGAAACCUUCAAGUCCACAAAGCACAACGUCUGCUCUUCCAAGAGCAAAGCCAGGCUAAAGGAGAAGGGCAGGAAAAAGAAGGGCAUCUCUGUGACCAGCGAUUCACCCAACGAGAAGACACAAAGAAAUGUCUCUUGGCAGGAGGCAGCUCCUGUCUUGGUGAUGGUCAGCUCGGAUGAGGAGGAGAGUAACAGCUCAGAGACGGAGCGAGAGGACGACGAGGGGAUCGUGUUCAUUGCACGAGCCACCGACGAGGUCCUGCAGGGAAAGAAGACUCCUGGCAGCCUGGAUGUCUGUCCCAGCCCUUGCAUCAUCCCUCCAUCACCCACCCUGGCAGAGAAAGAGCUGCCAUGGAAAGGAGACCAGGCUGAUCUGGCUGUUUAUGUCUCCUCGGAAACCACCAAAAUCGUGCCGGUGGAUAUGCAGAAAGCGUGGAACCAAAGCAUCUCCUCCCUGGAAAGCAUCGCCUCUCCACCAGGCAUUGAGACGGGACCCCAGCACAAGAGAUUUACUUGCCCAGUGCUGGAAGAGCAACCCCCAUCUGCCAGCCAGGUGAUGGCAGAGCAGAGCUCCUGCUUUCAAUUCCCCAGCCACGUCUCGAAGAGCAGCAGGUCACACAGUGACAGCAGUCCAGAUGGCACCGAGCAGCAGGAGCUGCAGCCUUUGAUGGCUGCAGAGGAGCCAAGCAGGAUAGUGUCCUCUGCAGAACCCAGGUGGCUCAUCCAGUUCAACAGAGCGAGCCACCUUUGAGGCGGGCUGCAGAUGGUGAGGGCAUUAGGAUGCUGCAGAGAGGCUGCAACCUGCUGAUUGCUCUGCUGUCUUGCUGUGUAAAGCUUGUGUAUGUCUCCGGAAACUCCCAGAGAGCCAGGAGAUCCUGGUACUCCUGCUGGAGCUGUGCUCCACGCUGGCCUUGGCCUGCACACC